AUGGCUGCGGUUACGCAUAGCACCCAAGUCUUAGCCGCUCAAAUCAAGGUUGAGAAUAAUUUAGAAACACAUAUUACUAUCGAAGAAAAAAUUUCCAGAGUGUUUAAAGGUGUUAAGGUUUAUUCGGUUUCAUCAAAAUUCGACACAAAGAAAACAGUCCUUGAAAGAGGAAUCUCUCACGGGUUGGCAGCUGCCAUACUUCAUGCCUAUAACGAACACCAACAUUUGCGCCUAACCCCCGAUGAUGUUUGGCUUACUAUUGCUCAAGGCGUAAGUCGGCACAUUAACUAUAAUGCUGAAAAGUUCCGUAGCAAAUUUGUUGAACACGAAGGAAAAAAGGAAAUAUCGGUUUUUGCCAGAUUGGCCGAUGGUAAAUUAAGCAGUGACUGGUCCGAAACUGUAAAUCAGCUUGUGAUUGAAGCAGAUAAGAAUAUUGUAGAAAGGAACUUAAAAUCAUUGUUAGAAUGCGAUUUCUCCACAACAACCGAGGUUUCUCGAACAGCCUCCAGGAUUGUCUUGUUGGAUGCAGUUAAGGCAUACUUUAGUUAUAAGGUUUGUUUAAUGUGUGGUAUUCCCAAGAUCACCCUGGAAGGUACCCUCGACGAUUGGAUCAAGAUUCAAAAAAAAACCAAAGAUCUUCGGAAAUUAUCGCUUGAAAUGGAUUUCUGGCUAGACCGUUUAGACCCCGUAGUGGAGAAUCUUGUGGCUACAUAUAAGGGUGAAAUUGACCAAGAUUAUUGGAGCAAAGUUUCUUCGAGACAACGUUUUGGGUCAGGCCCACGUAGCAUCUCGGGGUGGAUGCUAGGCUUCUUUCCAUAUGAUCGCACCGGAGAACGUAUAACAAACAAUACACUUGAACCCAGUGACAUUCCGGAUGGAAGAGUGGAAGUUCCGUUCAAAACCGACACAAAUUUAAAAUUAAAGUUUGUUGCGGGAUUUAUGGGAGCGAACCAAGAGGUUCUUGAGGGUUCAAAUGGUGAGGUUGUUGUUUCACCGGUCAUUGGAACGACUUCGAAGUAA